UCUUGCGCCAUAAAUACCUUCCGCUCUGUCAAAUGGGGUUAAUUUUAGCCCCUGCUCAGGGCAUGAGCGCUGCACACAGACGGCCAGGGUUAAAACUUGCACCAGUCUCUGGUCAGCCAACAGGGCAGCUCCUCUGGUUUUCUUCCCUGCUCGUUCCCCCGUCGCUCCAGCGGUUUCUUGAUUUCCCACGGCAGCAUGGCCGACCCCAGCGAGCGGGACUCCUUCACGGACGACAUCGACGAGGAUGAGCUUCUCGCCGGGCUCUCGGCCGAGGAGCUCAAGGAGCUGCAGAGCGAGAUGGACGUCAUCGCCCCGGACGAGAGGGUGCCGGUGGGACAGAGACAGAAGAACUCGGCUGUUCAGCGGACGGUCAAGGAGGACAGUGAUCAGGAGUCCGAGUGUGGGGACGAUGAUGAGGACGAGAUCUUGGCCGGUCUCUCUGCCGAGGAGCUGAAGCAGCUCCAGAGCGAGAUGGAUGUCAUCGCGCCGGACGAGAGGGUGCCGGUGGGACAGAGACAGAGGGACCAGACCGAGAAGGCCCCCACAGGCACAUUUGACCGCCGGUCACUAGUGGACUACAUGUACUGGGAGAAGGAGUCCAAACGCAUGCUGGACGAGGAGAGAGUCCCUGUGACGCUGCUGCCCAGUGAGAAAAAGAUGAGAGAAGCUGCUGAGCAGAAGGAGAAGGAGCAGGUGGUGGAGGUGGUGGAGGAGGUGGUGGAGGAGGAGGUGCCAGACGGUGUUGAUGAGGUGGAGUACGUCUACGAGGAGGUGGUGGAGGAGGUGGAGGCGGAGGACGGGCAGGUGGGGGAGGAGGUGAUCGAGGAAGUCAUCGAGGAGAUCAUAGAGGAAGUGGUCGAGGUCAAGGACAAGACACAGGAGGAGACGCAGGAGGAAAACAAACAAGCCGAGGGUGCCGAAAAACAGGACAACAAACAAGCCGAGUGUGCCGAAACACAGGACAAGAAGGAAGCGGCCAUCACAGGACCGAAGGACAGUCCACCCCUGGAGGCUGGGGAGGGGGCGGAGCCGCAGGGCAGGUUUGAGGACUGGGUCCCAGAGAAGGAGGAGAGGGUCAUCUCCAAGCUGAAAAUUCCAAAGCUGGCGCUUGGCGGGAACGCCUUGAAGUUGACAGCCAGGCCAUCAGGGAACGAAACCAACCUGGACAGCACACUGCACAAGAUCCGCAACAACAACCCUGCGGUCACCGAGGUCAACCUGAACAACAUCGAGAACAUUCCCAAGGACAUGCUGCUGGACUACGUGAGCGCACUGAAGAAGAACAAGCAUGUGAAGACGUUCAGCCUCGCCAACACGGGCGCGGACGAGACCACGGCCUUCUGUCUGGCCAACAUGCUGCGCGAGAACAAGAGCGUCGCCACGCUCAACAUCGAGUCCAACUUCAUCACGGGCAAGGGCAUCAUCGCCAUCGUCCGCUGCCUGCAGUUCAACGAGACGCUGACCGAGCUGCGCUUCCACAACCAGAGACACAUGCUGGGUCACCAUGCCGAGAUGGAGGUGUCGCGCCUGCUGAAGGCCAACCACACACUGCUCAAGAUGGGCUACCACUUCGAGCUGCCCGGCCCGCGCAUGGUGGUCACCAACCUGCUGACCCGCAACCUGGACCGCCAGCGGCAGCUACGGCACGAGGAGCAGAAGCUGAAGGACGUCAAGCAGCAGCGCGAGCUCCUGGACAUGUACGAGGCAAGCCUCAACCUACCGCCCGGCCUGCUGGACAUGCUCAGCGGCUACCUGCCCCCCGAUGAGCUGCUCGCUCAGCUGCAGCACCACCACCAGCUGCUGCAGCAGCAGCAGACGCAUCAGGAGGCCCCCGAGCCCAGCCGAGCCUCCCCCGAGCCUGGCCCAGCUCUGGCCCAGCUCCGCAAGACCCAGAACCUGCAUAGCGCCGCUCCCAAGCCCGCCGGCUCUGACCCGGGCAGCCUCAUCAAGGACGUGCAGCUGAAGAAGACGCCCAAGAAACGCGACCCCUGCCUGGACGCUGCGGAGGAGAGGCGGCCCAGGGCCAGCGUCCAGCUGCGGAAAACAGCGCGGCCGACGGACGUGUGGGGCACCCGGGAGAGCGCGCUGAUGGCGGACGAGCGCGCCAACCUGAAGGACAUGCUUAAGACUCUCAAACCAGUGCCACGGCGACGAGUACCGCCCAAAGUGGAGAUGACGCCGCGCGACGAGCUCCUCAGCGAGAUCCGCCAGAGCAACGUGGCCUACCUCAAAGCGGUCCCCCUCCCAAAAGAGCUGGAGUCGAGCGAAACCAGUCUUUUCUAAAGGAUGAGAAACCAGUCUUUAUUCUAAAGGAUGUUCUCAUAGCUGUAGCUGGACAGUCCACCAUAACUGUGUCCGUCCGAGACGAUCAUCAAAGUCACCUUAUUAUGGAGCAUAUGCCCACACAUGUAGAAUACGGAUGCUCAUAUUGGAGUUUUUUAUGUUGUGAAGACAUUUGUCUAACAAUUGUGUGUUUUACUUGCUAUGUUUGUUUUAUAAUGCAUUUAAUAUCCUGUUGUAAUAAAGUGAACUAGUUUAGA